AGAGGAGGAGGCCCUUGGAGGAUUAGAAAUCUGCAUGCAGCUAUCGUGCCUGAAGCAAAUUCCACGACACUUCCUGAGUGUCCAGUCCUGGGUCCGUUUGCCUUUGAGAGCCUUCAUGGAUUUAAAGGUUCUGGUUUCUUCCCUAAAUGAAUAUGCUCUGCUGUCGCUGGCUGAGAGUUGGGACAACGUUGGACUUUUGGUUGAACCAAGCCCUCCACAUACUGUCAGCACCCUCUUUUUGACAAACGACCUAACGGAGGAAGUGAUGGAGGAAGCACUCCAGAAGAAAGCUGACCUCAUUCUUUCUUACCAUCCACCUAUUUUCCAGCCCCUCAAACGCAUAACGUGGAAAACAUGGAAAGAGCGUCUUGUUAUCCGAGCCCUGGAAAACAGAGUUGGCAUUUAUUCUCCACAUACAGCCUAUGAUGCUAUACCCCAUGGAGUCAAUAAUUGGCUUGCCAAAGGACUUGGUUCCUGCACCUCUGUUCCUCUGCAACAAGCUGUGGCAUUAGAUUACCCCACAGACGGGUCUUACCGGGUUGAGUUUAAUGCUUCCUCUUCUGAAAAUUUAGAAGCAGUUUUGUCCAGUGUGCGUGCGGUGCCAGGGGUAGCGUUCAUCACAACUCUUCCUGUCAGGGCUGAAGAUGAAGAGCAGACACGAGUCAGCUUGAACUGUACCCAGCAGGCAUUGGUGCAAGUGAUAGCCUUGCUUUCUCAGAACAGCCUUCUUUAUCGUAAAACUGAAGUCAUAUCAUUACAGAAGCCCUUGCUUGAAGAUACAGGAAUGGGACGCUUAUGCAUGCUGAAGGAGCCAGUCUCAAUAUCUGUCUUGAUUGAGCGACUGAAAAGCCAUUUGAGAUUGUCUCAUGUUCGUCUGGCUCUUGGAACAGGAAAAUCAUUGGAGUCCCAGGUGAAGGUGGUUGCUCUGUGUGCUGGUUCAGGAAAUAGUGUUCUGCGAGGUACAGAAAGUGAUCUCUAUCUCACAGGAGAGAUGUCCCACCAUGAUGUAUUAGAUGCUGUUUCCAAAGGAAUAACUGUGAUUUUGUGUGAGCACAGUAACACCGAACGAGGCUUUCUGUUGGAGUUGCAACAAACGCUAGCUGUGCACCUUGAGGACAAGAUCCAUAUCAUAGUUUCUGAGAGAGACAGAGACCCCCUUCAAGUGGCAUAGAAGAAAACAAGGUCACAAUGCGCAGUCUGGAACUUCUGUGCAUAUUCCUCUGGAUUUUAAAAUAAGAACACACACAAUGGCAAGGAGGAGAGGUUAGAGGGAUAUGACGUGUUGACUAUCAACCUGUCUGGAAAUGAAUAAAUGGCCAGUUGACAAA